GACCCAAGAACCAACCAUACAAUACCAAGGAAAUUUCAUAAGAACCCUUGAUCCCAUUCCCAAUUUUUUUCUCUCCGCCAAUCAAAAUCAAUUCAACAAUGGGAAACACUGAGAAAUUGAUGAAUCAGAUCAUGGAACUGAAAUUCACCAUCAAAAGCCUCCAGCGCCAGGCCCGGAAAUGCGAAAAGGACGAAAAAUCCGAAAAAUUGAAGGUCAAAAAAGCCAUUGAGAAGGGCAAUAUGGACGGCGCCAGAAUCUACGCCGAGAACGCCAUACGGAAGCGCAACGAACAGAUGAAUUAUCUCCGGCUGUCCUCCCGUCUUGAUGCCGUGGUGGCGCGGCUCGACACACAGGCUAAGAUGACCACAAUCACGAAGUCCAUGGGAAAUAUCGUCAAAUCACUCGAGUCGACCCUCGCAACUGGGAAUUUGCAGAAGAUGUCAGAAACUAUGGAUCAGUUUGAAAAGCAGUUUGUUAAUAUGGAGGUGCAGGCGGGGUUUAUGGAGAGUUCGAUGGCCGGAAGCACCUCGCUGUCGACUCCUGAAGGGGAGGUUAAUAGUCUCAUGCAGCAGGUGGCGGACGAUUAUGGCCUCGAGGUAUCGGUCGGCCUCCCCCAGCCGGCCGCUCAUGCCGUCUCGGUGAAGAAUGGUGAGAAGGCGGAGGAGGAUGGCCUUUCUAGGCGUCUCGAAGAGCUCAAGGCUCGUGGAUAGAUUUUUUAUAUUUUCGGGGAUUUGGAGAUGAUGUGUACUAUUAUUAUAUGAUGAUGUGCUUCUCCUAAUUACUGCUAUUAGUCUUAUUUCCAGCUAAUAUUGCGUUAAGGCCCGCAUUUAUGUGUAAGUCUGACUGCAUGUUUCUGCUGACUGUAUGCCCUAGUGUUUCAUGAUAUUUCUACUGUUCUUGCACCUGCUGUGAGUUUAUAUAUUUUGUUUAUUAAUAGUAGAAUAUUGCUGCAUUUUAAUUAA